AUGCCUGGUCUAUCCGAGGACCGUGUGCGUCUGCUUGCCAUCGUUCAUGCUUUGAAAGCAAUUGGUAUACGCGUGAAAAACUGGAAGAACUUCUUAAACGGAGAUGCAGCUUCUGGGGAAACUCUUAACCAGGUAAAUCCGCCAUCCGUGUUUGCCUUUGGACGUGAUCUGCAGUUGAUCCCUCAACGUCACUUGACUGAACUGGAUGGAACAGUGCCUCUGUUCUUGGUGGAGGCCUGUGAAUACCUCUCUCAGCAUCUGCACACCGAAGGGCUUUUUAGAAAAACUGGCUCUGUGGGGCGCAUCCGUGCUUUAAAGGCAGACGUGGAGCAGGGUGUGCAGAUUUUCAGCCCUCCCUGUGUGGCCUCUCUGCAGCCCUGUGACGUUACCUCCCUGCUGAAACAGUUCCUGCGUGAGCUGCCGAACCCUCUGAUCCCUCCAGAGCUACAGGGGCCCCUGUGCCAGGCCCAGACCUUCGAACCCCGGCAUGAGCAGCAGGACAGGAGGCACAGAGCCACACUGCUGCUCACGGCUCUCCUGCCCCCUGCACAUGCCCGCACUCUCCGAUACUUCUGCUCCUUCCUCAGUCAGGUGGCACAGAGGUGCGCUGAGAACAGGAUGGAAGUGGGUAACCUGGCAGUGGUGAUGGCUCCUAACCUGCUGCAGUGCCCAGCCCAGCCCUCCAAGCUGACUGUGCACACAGAGAGAGAGCUGGACCACCAGGCUGCGGUCGUCAAAGCUCUCAUUUUGCAUGCCGAUCGCAUUGGAGUUGUUCCCUCGUUUGUGCUGGAUACGCUGGGAGCAGUGGAGAGAAAUGAGUCCUCCUCUCCAGCAGAUGGUGCUACCUUUAGUAAGAUAACUGGCCUCGGUGUCUACAGGAGUCUGAGGAGGCAACGGAGGAAAAGUGUUGGUGAAAUAUUUGUGGAUGCACUGUCCAAACUGAAGCCUGGCCGCACACACACUGGACCGUCUGUUUACCCACUCUCCAAAAGCCACACCCCGUCCUCCAAAAGCCCUACCCCCCAGUCACCAAGUGCGGUCAAACGGAAAGCAUCUGAGGAAACGGUCCUGGAAGUGGAUGGAUCUGCCAAGAAGAGGCGUUCACUGCAUGACCUCAGAGAGGAUGGCCAAACUGUGUGUAGUCAUUCCCCUGAAGGCAGUCCUCAUGCAAAGAAGAACAUCAAAGAAGAUCCCCACCCCAGUGUGUCAAAGAGGAGGAGUCAAAUAAGGGGGCACAGAAAGUCACAUCGACCUCCAGUGCCGGAGGGUUCUGUUCACCGCAGGAAGAGGUCUCUCCGCUUCUUUAGCAUGUCCAGUAGCAGCAACAGCAGUAUGGCGCCCAGUGUGAGUCCCUGCAGUGACUGUGAAGAAAGCUUGAGUGCUGGCAAAAAGCUGCAGGACCGUUCGGACUCAGCCAUGGGCGCGUCACUGAGCGUUCCCUUCAUCCUGAUUGAUGAGCCAGGAACAGUCAUAAUUGGGAGCGAAGUUGACGACGAUCCAGAUCUUCUCAACUGCAGCUUCGCAGAGAAGCCAGAUGACGUUCUGCCUCCAGAGUCUGCAGAGACUCUGCGAGACCUUCAGGGCAGUGAGGAACCCUGUGAUGACCAGUGGGUCCUGCUCCAUAACGCCAGUUCAGAAGUGGUAGUAGACUAUGAGGUAUUGCAGACUGGCAAUCAAUGUGAGCCCCGGGAAGUAGCUGGGAGUUCAGGGCCAAGACAUCCAGUACAGAUGAACGGAAAGAAUAUCCAGCCAAAUUUGGAAACCCAGCAGCGUUUAAGCAGGUCCAGGAGGGGUUCUCGCCCCCGUCGGUCCAUUAGCAUGCCCGAGGUGAGCUUGGAGCACUGUGCUGAUGAUGUCCAACUUCACAGCGAGGCUGGCUCACAGGAAGCUGCCUUUGCUAACUCGGGCUGGGCAGCCUCCGUAAGUGCGGCCGUGUCUGCGGCUGGAGGGAAACAGGCCAAAGGAGAAGAGAAGGAGGGGUGCGAGCCGGAACUCGGACCCGCGAUGCUUGACGAGGGGAAGAAGGACAAGACGGCCAACCCUGAGCUGGGCCUGAAGCGGCGGCAGCAGCGCCUCUCGGUUGUUGAGCGGCUGAGGGGUUUUGGGGCCCUGGCUGUGCUGCUGAGGACCCCACGGCCCCCCCCGCAGCUGGGCCCUGUGAGGGCCACCGUGCGGCUCCGCAGGCAGGGGGCGCGCAGGUUCAGCCGCUCCUUCAGUCAAGAGGAGGUGCCAGAGCUACUGGCAGAGCCGAGCUCCCAUAGGCCAGAGCAAACGAAGCAGGCGUUUGUGGAGUUAAGCGACACGCGUGCAGAUCCCUUUGCAGAGUCCACUGACGAGGGUUUCCAGGACGCUGCAGCUUGCGUUGUGCAUGGGCUGGAGACUCCAGCCCUGCAUAGCCCCCCUGACCAGUCACCUACUCCCGAGGACCAGACUUUGAUUGGCUCUGAGACAUUGGAGGAAGAGCAGCACAUACAGGUUGGAGGACCUGAGCUCCUAACUGACCCGCAGUCUGCAUGUGUUCAUGCACCGCUAGUCCAAAGUCCUCAGUCUGAGUUUGACCUGCAUGAGGUGUUGGAGCAGCAGUGCCACAUAGCCAACCAAGAGACUUGUUCUAAAGUACUUUCAUGGUCACCUGGAGAUUCCAAGUUCUACAUGCAGCAUGAUGUAUUUACACCAUCUGACCAGCAGAUGGAGCCGCCGAGUCCCCCUGUAUACCCAUGCUCAUUUACAGCACUGAAAGCAGAGCCGCUGUCCCCCUUGUACACCAGCUACACAGACCAGUGCCCUGAGCCAGACCCCAGCCCUCCUUAUGAGGCUUCCCCAUGCACAGACAUCGCUUGUCUUUCAUAUGAUGGUCUGAUUUCCAUAAACAGCAGUAUGAGUGAGAAAUUUUCCCUGGAUCUGUCCCCUGCUGCCUUUCAGUUUAGGUCUCAGGGCUCUAGGAGACGCUAUAGGAACUCUCCCCGAUGGCAUUCGCACGAGGCCCGCCUGGCCGCCUGGAAGCCUUCACCGUUCUAAACAUUUCACACCUUAAUAUACCAAUGCAACCAGUGCUUCCUUCCAUAUGCUUUUUCCCUGGUUAUUUUUAACAAACACAUUAUAUAUAUAAUAAUAUGGAAGCACUGGCAGUCACAUUAAAAUGUAAUUCAUGCUUAUCUAUGUUCCUUGGGAUCGUGUUCAAUGUAUUGUG